GCUCUUGAUCCAGGCUGGGUUUAAUCUGAACGUGCAGGACAACGACGGCUGGACCCCGCUCCAUGCUGCUGCGCACUGGGGGGUGAAGGAAGCCUGCUCCAUCCUGGCCGAGGCGCUGUGCGACAUGGACAUCAGGAACAAGCUGGGCCAGACACCGUUCGAUGUGGCCGACGAGGGCCUGGUUGAGCAUUUGGAAAUGCUGCAGAAGAAGCAGACUGUGUUGCGAAGUGAGAAGGAGACGAGGAAUAAGCUGAUUGAAGCUGACAUGAACGGCAAGCCUCAGAGCGGACUCUUCACCAACAAAGAGAAGAUUCUGUAUGAGGAAGACACACUGAAGUCCAUGGAAAUGGAGGAAGAGAACAAGGACUCCAGCAGUUCCAGUUCUGAGGAAGAGGAAGAAGCUGAAGAAGAUGAAGUUUCAGAAUCAGAUGCUGAAAAGGAGUCAG